GUGUGCAUAUGUAUAUGUAUAUAUAGUUAUCAAGAGCUCAGUAUAUAUUUCAGAUAAUUGGGGUGAUCAUUGGUCAUUGAUGACAGUGGCCUUCAUGCUUCAAAAAUGCAUCCUUAUAUCAACCAAUAUUAUUGUACCUGGCUGCAGAACUGGCUGGCGUGAUUGUCAGAGGUGUUGUGUCCAGUUUGUUGUUACACUGGACACAUCCUAUGGCCAGCUUUGGUCUUGUAGCACCUCAACCAAUUACCAGAUUGAAUUAUGCUAGCCAAACUUCAAAGCGUGGUCAGAGGUGGUGGUGGUGGAGUUGGGGAAGGCGGGGCUGGAAGAAGAGGAAAAGAAAGAAGUGGUGGUAGUGGUAGGGGUUGGAGUGUGCAAGAACCAAAGGAAGAGGUCAGAAAUAAUGGUAGUGGUAGGAGUUGUGGUAGUGGUAAGAGUGGCAGGAGUGGCAGCAGUGGUGGUGGUGGUGGUGCUAACAUUGCAGAUGUCCAGAGUGUGAACUCAAAUUAUGGAAGUCUGGAGUCUGACCGUUAUAGUGAAGAUGUCCAAGAUAAUGUAAUUGACAUCAGUAACGUUGGUGGCGUUAGUCGGUGUAAUAAUGAUGACAACAACAACGAAAACAACAACAGCGUCAACAACAAAGACAAUAAUAACGGCAACAACACUGACCACAAUGUCGGCAAUGACCAUAGUAAUGGAAGCAGUAGUUGUGGUGAGAGCAACUAUAACAGUGUCCGCAGCAGCAACAUAAGCAGUAGUAGCUGUAGUAGUAGUAUUAACGGGAACGGUACUAAUUGUGGUAGUAGUAGUAGUAGUUGCAGUAUGAGGAAGAUGACCAACACUAACAGUGACAGUAGUAACAUGUACAGCACGUGCAACGAUGUUGAGCAUUUGUGUGACUUGUCCGAGUCCGCAGCAAGUUAUACGACGACAGAGGCAUCGUAUACAAAGUCUGCACCGGAAAAGUGCACAACCCCUUCAACACCAACACCAACACCAAGUACGACUACAAUUAAUAUCACCACUACCACAGAAACAAACACGGAUACUACUACUACUACUGCUAAUAAUUAUGAUAAUAAUAAUAGUAAUAAUAAUAAUAAUAUUAAUAAUAAUAAUAAUAAUAAUAUUUCUACUUCAACAAGAGUAAGGAAGUUUACGUGUCACAGUAUUGGCAGCAGCAGUUGUAGUAACAGUUGUAGUAGCAUGUGCAGCUGCAACAAGAGCAACAGUUGUUGCAACAAUCAGGUGCAACCACUAUGUGCAGAAGUUUCUUUCAACGGUAAGAGUAAUACUUAUAGCAACAAGUGCAGCUGCAACAGCAAUGAUAGCAAUAACAUCAUUGAUAGACAACCGCAAGAUCACAUUACUCUGGGUGGCGCCGUAAAGCGGCCCAACAGUAGAACUAGCGUAGAAAGCAAAAAACUCCAUAACCAUGUCGAGGCCCUAAAAGACAUGGAACCAAGUUUAGUUGUUGCUAAUUCUAAAGCUUCAACAAUGCCUCCAAGUACAGCAUCUGCUAUUGUAGCGGCGGCACGUCGGACUCAGUCAUACAACCACAAAACUGUGCAAACUGCAAUGAUUCAGAAACCACCCGAAAGACGGGUGACAGCAUUUGAAAGGAUAUCCACGGAUUUGGAAACAAAUCCAAAACUCAUCCGAGAACUUUCACUUGGAAAGAGGAUUGGUUUCUAUCGGAUCCGAGGAGAAUUGGGCAGUGGUAAUUUUUCAUCAGUGAAGCUUGGCAUUCAUACUUUGGUAAAAGAAAAAGUUGCAAUAAAAAUUUUGGACAAAACCCGCCUUGAUUUGAAAACUCAGCGCCUGUUGUCAAGAGAGAUUGAAAUUAUGGAACACCUACGGCACCCUAAUAUUAUACGAUUAUACGAAGUUGUAGAAACACUAGCCAAGGUACAUUUGAUCAUGGAAUAUGCACCAGGUGGAGAGCUUUUUACCAAACUAUCGAACGAAGGGCGACUAACGGAACCUGAGGCAAAAUUCAUCUUUGCUCAGAUACUUUCUGCUGUUGAACACAUGCACAGCCACUAUAUCAUCCACCGGGACUUGAAAGCCGAGAAUGUUUUCUAUGCAGCCCCAUUCUUUGUUAAAGUAGGAGACUUUGGUUUCAGCACGAUUUGUCGAUCAGAGCAACAAGAACUAAACACCUUCUGUGGCUCCCCACCUUACGCUGCACCAGAGCUCUUCAGAGACGAUAUCUAUUAUGGAACAUUCGUUGAUAUAUGGGCGCUGGGUAUUCUGCUUUAUUUCAUGGUCACUGGCUCCAUGCCAUUUCGAGCAGAGAAUGUCACGAGAAUGAAAAAAUGUAUUCUUAAUGGUAUGUAUGCGAUUCCGAUGUUUGUGUCUGAUAGCUGCCAUUUUUUAAUUCGAGGAAUAUUGCGGUCUCUACCUCAGGACAGAUUUACUAUAGAAGAAAUUAAGAACAGUGAAUGGUUAGCAGGGGAAAACUACCCAAAGGCUUUACCGCCAUACAGACUUUGUCCCACUGUUAAUCUCACAGAAUUAAAAGCAGAUGAACAAGAGACCAUUAAGAUCCUUUGCCAGCUAGGAAUUACACAAGAACAUCUGAAGGAGGCCAUCCGUAAGAAUACGAGGAACUCUAUAAUUGGUGCUUACCGCAUUGUGUUGCAUCGAAUACAGAAGAAGAACCAAGAUAAAGAUAUUUAUGCUAUAGCAGAAUUUUCUUCUCGAUUAUUUAAACAACAGGACAAUAAGAAGAAAAUGAGAUCUCAUAUAUCGAAACUUUGUUCAAUCCUUUAAUGUACAGAAAAGAGACUCGCAUAUACGCACAC